AAUAUCCAUUAUACCCAUCAUUAUUUUAUUUUAUUGAUAGAUGACCUUCCAACUUUCGUGCUUCUCCUAUAUCUCUUUGCUUCUAACAGUUACUUUCCCAUUUCAGCUUUGGGUCCUGCUACCACCAGCUUCUGGACUAUCUUCAACCUAACAAAGAUUUUCCUUGACCAUGGGGUCGAAGCAUUUCCUGGCGGCAUUCUGUUUAUGGGCUUUAACAUGUUCCCUGCUUCCCUCUUUCUCCUUUGGAAUUCUGAGAAUUGGUUUGAAGAAGCGACCUCUAGAUCUUCAAAGUAUUAAUGCUGCUAAAAAGGUAAGCGGAGAACUGAGAUCAGUAAGACCAAUGUUGGGUGCACUGGAUCUGAAUAUUGGAAAGCCGGAUGGUGAAGCUAUUGUACCUUUGAAGAAUUAUUUGGAUGCUCAGUAUUUUGGUGAGAUUGGAAUUGGCACACCCCCACAGACCUUUACUGUCAUAUUUGAUACUGGUAGCUCCAACCUUUGGGUUCCAUCAUCAAAGUGUUACUUUUCUCUUGCCUGCUAUACCCAUAAUUGGUACAAGGCAAAGAAAUCCAAAACAUAUGUCAAAAAUGGAACAUCUUGCCAAAUAGCCUAUGGAUCUGGAGCAAUCUCUGGUUUCUUCAGUCAAGAUCAUGUUAAAGUUGGUGGUGCUGUUGUCAAGCAUCAGGAUUUCAUCGAAGCUACCCGAGAAGGAAGCCUUGCCUUUCUGUCAGGGAAGUUUGAUGGAAUAUUUGGGCUUGGAUUUCAGGAGAUUUCAGUUGGAAAAUCUGUGCCAGUAUGGUACAAUAUGGUGGAGCAAAAUCUUGUUGGUGAGAAGGUCUUCUCUUUUUGGCUCAAUGGGGAUCCUAAUGCGAAAAAGGGUGGUGAACUAGUUUUUGGUGGUGUUGACCCAAAGCAUUUCAAAGGACAACACACUUAUGUUCCAGUCACUAAAAAGGGUUACUGGCAGAUUGAAAUGGGAGAUUUUUUCAUUGGAGGUCUUUCAACAGGUGUUUGUGAGGGUGGCUGUGCUGCUAUUGUGGAUUCAGGAACAUCUUUGCUUGCUGGUCCAACUCCUGUUGUGGCUGAAAUCAACCAUGCUAUUGGAGCUGAAGGAGUUCUGAGUGUAGAAUGUAAGGAAGUUGUUUCUCAAUAUGGAGAGUUGAUAUGGGAUCUCUUAGUAUCAGGGGUACAACCUGGUGACGUUUGUUCUCAAGUUGGUCUAUGUUCUGCCAAAAGGGUUCAAUCUAAGAGUGCUGAGAUUGAGAUGGUGACUGAAAAGGAGCAGGAAGAGUUAUCAGCUCGAGAUACUCCUUUGUGUUCUUCUUGUCAGAUGCUUGUUGUUUGGGUCCAGAAUCAACUAAAACAAAAGGCGACUAAGGAGAGGGUAUUCAACUACGUGAACCAACUGUGCGAGAGUCUGCCAAGUCCAUCUGGAGAGUCAGUGAUAAGCUGUGAUAGUCUUUCCCGGAUGCCGAACAUUACAUUCACCAUUGGAGGCAAACCUUAUGUCCUCACACCAGAGCAGUACAUUCUGAGAACUGGAGAAGGCAUUACAGAAGUCUGCCUUAGCGGGUUUAUUGCUCUUGAUGUUCCUCCUCCAGCUGGUCCACUCUGGAUUCUUGGAGAUGUUUUCAUGAGGGUAUAUCACACUGUCUUUGACUACGGAAAUCUCCAACUUGGUUUUGCUGAAGCUGCCUAAUUAGAACUCUGGAGCAAUGUUUUAAUAAUGUAGUUUGUGCGUUGUACAUAAGCUGCUCAGGUUCUGUUCAUGGAUUCACAAAAUGUAUCUGUAAUAUGCACGCUUACGAGAAGACAUGAAAGGAUUCACUUGGAUGUAUUGUGUGCUUUUACGUGAACAUACCAUUUCCCUUUCAUUAUGUAUUCAGCACUAUAUUGUAAAUUGUAAUGCCUUCUUCUCUAGCCAAUGGAUGAGUUUUGGAGAAGUUCUAUAA